UUCUCGUUCAUCAGUGCAGUCAUCAAAAUGAAGUUCAGCGUUUCUCUCCUCACCCUCAUCCCAGCCGUCUUCGCCCUCCCUACAGGUGAAGAUGCUGCUGUCUCAAAGCGCCAGAGCGCCAACACCGUGACGGAUCAACUCCUCUUCAGCGUCACUCUACCAACAUUCACCGCUCGUCGCAACGCCCGUGACCCUCCUACCCUUGACUGGACUUCUGAUGGCUGCACUUCUUCCCCCGACAACCCUUUCGGUUUCCCUUUCGUCCCUGCUUGCAACCGCCACGACUUUGGAUAUAACAACUAUCGCAAGCAGAGCCGUUUCACUGUUAGUGCCAAGGCUCGCAUUGAUAGCAACUUCAAGACCGAUUUGUACUACCAAUGCACAUCUUCAAGUGCUGCUGGUGUAUGCCGUGCUCUGGCUGAUGUUUACUACGCUGCUGUUCGUGCUUUCGGUGGUGAUGAUGCUACUCCCGGCAAGAGAGAUGAGGAUCUUGUUAAGGAGUAUGAGGAGAAGGUUGCGAUUUACAACAAGGCUGUUGAAGAAGCACAGGCGAAGGGCGAGCUGCCUCGUCUUGACUAA